AUGAGUGUUCAAGUUGCUGUUAGAGUCAGACCUUUUAAUAAUAGAGAAAUUGAAUUAGGAUCUGAAUUAUGUGUUGCUAUGGAAGGCACCAAAACUACUUUAAUACAUUUUGAAGAUUCAAAAAAAAACAGAGAUUUCUUCUUCGACUUUUCUUUUUGGAGUCAUUCCGGAUUUGAAUAAGAUGAAACAGGCCUAUGUAAAGCUGUUGAUUAGAAAUAUUGCGACUAACGUAAAGUUUAUGAUUUAGUUGGUGCUUAAAUGCUUGAUAAUGCAUGGGAAGGUUAUCAUUGUUGUCUCUUGGCUUAUGGAUAGACAGGAGCUGGAAAAAGUUACUCAAUGGUAGGAUACAAACCAAAUAGAGGUAUUGUACCAAUUGCAUGCGAAGAAAUAUUUAAAAGAAUAAGCGCAAAUAAUAUACCUUCAACUGAAUAUGAAGUUUGCGUUUCGAUGCUUGAAAUAUAUAAUGAAAAAGUGCAAGAUCUUCUUAUUCCUUGUAACAAGAGACCUCAAGGUGGUCUACGUAUAAGAGAAAAUAAAACAAUAGGUUUUUAUGUUGAACAUUUAACAAAAUAUCCAGUUAAAAGUUAUGAAGCAAUAGAAUAGAGGAUGGAAGAGGGUUCAAAAAAUCGUACUAUAGCUUCAACUUAAAUGAAUGCUUCUUCAUCAAGAGCUCACACUAUUAUCACCGUAGAAUUUAGAAAAAGAGAAAUGGUAAAUGAUAAGAGAAUUGAAAAAUUUUCCAUGAUAAAUUUAGUUGAUUUGGCAGGUAGUGAAAAAGUGGGUAAAACAGGUGCAACAGGAGAUCGUCUCAAAGAAGCUGGUUAAAUAAAUAAGAGUUUACACAUACUUGGUUUGGUCAUUUCAACAUUAGCAGAACUGGAAAGUGGUAAAAAAAAUAUAAAAGUCCCCUAUAGAGAUUCUUGCUUAACUAAGAUUUUAUGUAAUGCACUGGGUGGUAAUAGCAAAACUCUAAUGAUUUGCGCAAUUUCUCCAUCCAAUGAUAAUUAUGAUGAAACUCUUUCUACUUUAAGAUAUGCUGAUCAGGCAAAGAAGAUCAAAAACAAAGCUAUUAUAAACGAGAGCGCUGUUGAUAAACUUAUUAGAGAGCUCACACAAGAGAAUUAGAAACUCAAGAGCACUAUCUAAGAACUUAGAAACAAGAUGUUACAAAACCCAAACAAUUUGAGUGCAAAGGAGGUUGAAGAACUUGAAGAUGAGUUACAAGCUAUGGACGAACUUAUGAAUGAUAUGAAAAUUACUCAUCAGUAAAGAGUAGAGGAAUAUGAAAAAGAAGAACACGAGUAAGAAGAAAAUGAAGAUGAUAUCAUAGAACAAAAAAUUCACUUAACUAAUCUAAAUGAAGAUCCAGUUCUUAAUAAUAAAAUAAAAUUCUCUUUAGACAAAGAAUAUAUUUAUGUUGGUCGUAAGAAUGCAACACCUCUACCAGAUAUUGUGCUUGGUAGUAUGGGAAUCAAAGAAAAGCAUGCUAUUUUUAUUAAAUCUAUUGAUAAAUUAUAUUUAGUACCUUAUGAGGAAAGCUGUAGUGAAUACAUUCAUCUGAAUGGUGAGAGAGUUAAUCAAUAAAUAGAACUAUACCAUAUGGAUAGAAUUGUUUUUGGUACUAAUUCUACAUUUUUAGUUAUAAUUCCUAAUGGAAAGUAGAGAGAAGGAGAUGUUCUACCAAAAGAAAUAGAUUGGGAAUUUGCUUAAGAAGAGAUUUCAAAAAAAUCAGAUAAAUUGAUAAAUAAGAAUGCAUAAAAUAAAGAGUUAGAGCUAAGAGAAGAAACUAUCAGGAAAUUGAAGGAGUUUGAGUAGUAAAGACUUUAAGAAAAAGAAGAAAAUGAAGUAAAGAUCAACGAAUAAAAACUGAUUUAUGAAUAGAAACUUGUUGAGUUGGAGGGAAAAAUGAAAGAAGAAUCAGAAAAGCAAAAAUUGGAAAAAGAAAAACUCGAAGCUGAGAGAUAAUGGAAUGAAAUAGUAUAAAAGCUUGAGGCUGAAAGAAUCCAAAAGGAACUUGAAAGAGAGAAAUAAAAAUAAACCUUACAAGCUGAAGAAUAAAUGCGUUUAUAUAAGAUAAGAUCAAAGUAGUCUCUCGAAUAAAAAUUAUAGAGAGCAUUGCCAAAGAUUUAUGAGGUUGGAUUUAUUUCUAAAGAGCUUAAAAGAGAUAUCAUCUUUUCUCCUAAGAUUCUUUAUACCUAUGCUGAUUAAUGCGAAAUAAAUACUAUGAAAGAGAGAAGCAAAAUGCCUAAGAUUCAGAUUUUAGUUUAAAAUAAUGAAGAAGGAAGUGAAUACGUCUGGGAUCUAGAAAAAUUUUAGAAUAGGUACUACAUAAUUAAAGGUCUUCUUGAUCGUUAUUUCGAAACCAAUUAAAUACCUGAUCUUUAAUAAAACGAAGACCCUUUCUGGGAUCCUCCUGAACCUUUUUUGAUAGGGUAAGGGUUUUUAAAGCUUUUAGGACUAGCUUAUGGUUUAGAUAGUUAGACAUAAAUUACUUUAGUAGGUGAUAACGGUUAAUGUGGAUAUCUGAAUGUUGGAUUCAUUCCAUGUAAUGAAACAGGAGAUGUGCUAUAUGAUGACGAAAAUAACGAAGGAAUGGCUAUAGAAGACCCAAAUGAUCUUCUUAAUCAGAGAUUGGACUUUAAGCUUUUCAUCAAGGAUGGAUCUCUUCCUUAAAACUUUUGCACAGACACAUUUGUAGAAUAUAGUUUACUUGCAUCCGAAAAUUAUAUGGCAAAAUACAAAACAAAAAAAAUUGAAGGAAAGAAUCCUAGCCCAAAUUACAACUAUUCAGUGCAGCAUACUUACACUAAUAUUUAACAAAACGUUAUUAAGUAUCUCAGUAAUAAUACUUUGUAGUUUAAGGUAUUUGGCUUUGAUGAUGCUAGAAUUGAAAAAAUGAAAAGAUCUUAGCAAAAUAGAAAGAACAUCAUGAAUUAAAAAAGAAUGAUUCCUGUUGAAGAAUAAAUGGAAAAGUAAAAAAGAGAUUAGAAGGCUUAAUAAUAGUAAAAUAAUUUCUAAGAAGGAAAACCUCAGAUACUUAAGAUAGAAAAUAAAUUUUAGCCUCAAAAGGUAACUGAAUACAAACCUACUUUAAAGUAAGACUCUUAUUCCUCUGCUAACACUUCUCUUUCAGGUUCUAAGAUAAAUUAAGAAUCUCCAGAAAAAUAAUAAAGUCAUUCAUAUCAACCAAGUAAAAAUAUGUAUCCAUCAUCUAAUGAAAAAGAUAAAUAUAGUGAAGAUUCAUAAAAUAGCAGUCCCGUGAAAAAAAUAAAUUAAAACCCUCCUCUUUCAGCACGUUACAACAACGAUAGAACAAACACUGAACCAAAUGAAAGAAUAAAUUCUUUUUAACCAUAAUAAGAAGGAAAACCCAAUAACUAAAACAAUGAAACAAAAAGAAGGAACUCCUAGGAUGACUCUUCGAUUUCUAAAAAGUAAAAAAAUGAAAGUAAAGCUAAUAAAGGCAAAAAAGGGAAAGACUAAAAUUGCAAUAUUUUUUGA